UUUUAUCUCUUAAAAUGUUUAAAUUAUUGUGCUUUGAUAAGAAUUCAUUUUCGAUUAUAAUAUAAAGUAACAUCAAGUUUCGCGUGAGAAACAUUCUCAAGACAUUAAUAUCCAUUGUGUUUUAGAUUGUGUCUUGUGUGGUAGUGCGGAUCAGUUUUAAUAUCAAACAUAUCUUCGACUAUUGAAUAUUUUUGUCAGCUCAAGAAUUGUACGGUUCAAAUGUAUCUUCAUCUGCUUUUUGGCGUAGUUGGGUGUUUAGUAGUUUGGCUAUAUAUGAAAUGGCUUAAGAUCAAGAGAUAUUGGGCAGAUCGCGGAAUAACUCAUAUACGGCCUGUGCCAAUUCUGGGCAAUUUUACUUUCCUGCAAAGAGAGAAUAUUGGUAUAUGGUUGCGUCGGAUAUAUGAACAGUUCAAGUACCCAUACAUAGGAAUUUGGAUAUUUUGGAAACCAGCUCUUGUUAUCAACUCACCAGACAUCGCUCGCAAUAUCCUCGUCAAGGAUUUCGAUAACUUCAGGAACCGCUCCAUUAGCUGCGGAAACACAGAUCGGAUUGGGGGACUCACUUUAUUUGUUACUGAUGAUCCUAUCUGGUCACUUCUGCGCAGACAACUCAGCGCCGUGUUCUCUGCAGCUAAACUUAAAUCUGUCCAAGAAUACGUUCGAAGCAAAUCAAUGGAAUUGGUUCAGAGGAUUCAUAAUGAUCGCAAUUUGAAAAUUGAUCUUAAGAAAAUGUAUGUGGACUACUCAACAGAUAUAAUUGGUACUUCUGCGUUUGGCGUUAAAAGCGACGCGAUACUCACGAAGGGUGGACCUUUGAGGGAUGUAACGAAUGAGUGGACGAAAUACAGUCUCUAUAGAAGUAUAUCUUGGUGUAGCAUAUUCUUUCUACCGGAACUGGUCGACGUCUUUCGAUUUAAAUUAUUCCCGAGAUCUUCAAUAACAUAUUUUAAAAAAAUAUACCAUCAAGCUGUUAUGCAACGAGAGAAAAAUUGGACAGAAAGAGAAAAUAGAGAUUUGCUUGAUAUAUUGAUAAGAAUUCAAAAAGGAAAUAAAUUUUACUCAGACGAUUUGAUAAUCGCGCAGGCUGCUAUCAUGCUACUGGGCGGGUUUGACACAUCAGGCAAUCUCAUGACAUAUAUUACUUAUGAACUGGCCCAUAACCCUGAUGUACAGGAAAAGCUAUAUCAAGAGCUUACAGAAGCUACCCAACGUCAUGGAAGUGCGUAUUUCGAUAUGGAUAUCCUGUCAGAAUUAACAUAUCUCAACUGUGUCAUUAAAGAAGGUGUCCGAAAGUAUGCGCCGAUGAGCUGGCUCGAUAGAGUCGCUGAGAAAAACUACAAAAUUGACGAUAAGUUAACGAUAGAAGCUGGUACCACUGUCUUUAUCAACUGUGCUGGUAUGCACUUCGAUCCUAAAUACUUUCCCGAUCCUAACAAAUUUGAUCCUGAUAGAUUUUUACCAGAAAACAGAAACAAGAUUGAACCCUUCUCGUAUUUACCAUUUGGAGAGGGCCCAAGAUUUUGCAUAGGCAAGAGAUUUGGUUUGUUGGUAGUAAGAAUGGGUAUGGCGUCAAUUUUACUGAAUUACAAGAUGGCGCCAUAUCCUAACGCCCCCAAGCCAUCUGAUGUUAAGAUUGACAGCCGGACGGUGUGGUAUAUUGCUGGAGAACCGCUAUACGUCCAGUUUAUUCCUCGACCAUAAGCUUUAUGCGUUAGUUAACAUUUUACACGAUUAAAAUAUAAUAUUUC